AGGGGAGUGCCUCAGCUGGAACGGGAGGCGGGCAGACAGAGGCAGGGACGAGUGAAGGAACUGGCAGGGCAGCAGCACUCCUGCGGCAGAGUGAAGACGCCUGUGUAGCCGGCUGGAGCGUAGGCAGGCCUGGACACCGGGACUCGGCGUGUGCCUGUGACAUGAAGAGUGUGUAUGUGCCUGCUGCACCGGGACGCUGUUGAGCAGACGAGAUGGGGGGCUCUCUUAGCCAGCACAAGAAGAGCAGUGGGGUGGCCAGCUGCCCCCGGCCAAAAAACAGCAGCAUCUGAGAUCUGGAACGAAGGAGGCUCAGAGAAAGAUGUCCUACAGCCCGUGGUCCGUGCUGUCGCCGAUCCAAUGGGCAAAGUGGACCUGGUCAGCUGUCAGAGGCACAGACGGGGAGGAGGAGGACAACGAGGGCCAGGAGACAGGCUUGAAGGAUGACAAGCAACAUUCCCUGGAUGACAGGUCUAUGGGCCACAGCUCUGACUCCGAGGGAAACUUUGAGACCCCCGAGGCUGAAACUCCCGUCCACGGGCACUUGAAGAACCUGUUAGAGCAGGAGAACGCCGCUGCUGUCUGCACAGAUCUGCUGGGAGAUGAUAAACGGCUCUUCUCCAGCACUGUUGGCCUGGACAACUCAUUUCUGGACAAGAACUCCAACCAGAAUGAGCUUCCCCUGGCCUCCCAGGCUGUCCACGUUGCCAAGGGCACCCCUGUGCUGACAGAGGCAGUGGAUGCUUUAAACAACCUUCAGUUCUCAAAGGGCUCCAGUACAAUCCAGGGCCAGAACCUCAACCUGCAGACUCGUGGCAUGCAGCUGGGUCUCGACAACAGGCAUACUGAUGACCUCCAAGAAGAUGCUCGUGACACAUCACAAAAACAAAGGCCUGCGUCUCUUAUGAUGAAGGACUCCCUUAACGGGCCAGACCCUAAUGAAGUGGAUGAUGAUGUACCUAUUUCCAAAGCCUUUGACCUGAAUCAGAUCAAUGGUAACGCCAAUCCUCUGGUAAAACCCACCCCUGGAGAUCAUAUGCAGGAACUUGGCUUGGAAGACAAUGCAAACCCAGAGGAGGUCAGCAAGCCAUCCGGCAGGAGUCUGGGAAAGAUGCCCGACAGUCGUCUCGGCCCCAAAAAACCGACGGGCAAAUCUGCAGAGCUGGAGCCAGGACCAGUUAGCAGUCAAGGCUCAGGUGGAAUUACCUGUCCUAAAGCCUCAUACAACUUUGAUGCUGGCCAGUUGGACGACCCCAACUUCAACCCAUUUACAAACAAAGCCAAGAUGUGUGACUCUCCGCCUCUCCUCAAGGGAUCUUACAGUUUUGAUCCAGACUGUGUAGACCCUUUCAGGUCAUCUAGGAGAUUGGAUGGGGAGGACUUGCUGAAGAGCCCCCCUUCAGCUGAGAAAGUGGCAGAUGACCCAGUGUGCCAGAAGCUGAAUUUCCUUAUUGAUGAGGAGGGGAUGGCAGGACAGUCACAGGGCAAAGCCAGGGAAGUCAUGAAUGCCAACAAAGGAAAGAAUGAACAGCAGCCCCUUGUGGACAUUUGUAGUCAGGAGAAGGGGCCAAACGUGGCCAGCCGCAGGGUCCAUGCCACUGACGAGGAGAAGCUGGCAUCCUCUGUGUCCGGCCAGAACCCCGGCAAAACCGAGAAUGGCUGCUGUGAGGAAGAAGAUGAGCCCUGCAAGAAGCGGCUGGCUGGGAAAGGGAUGGAAGUAACAACAGGAGGUCCAGAAGGUGCAGACAUGUACAAUGGGCUUGAUGACCCCUGCAAAACUAAAAGUGCCAAGCUGGCUGGAAGUGAGAGUCACGACAAAGGAACUCCAGUUCUGGAUAAAAUCUGUCUCAAUGAGGCUGACAAAGAGGCUGUCCUCACUCUGAUUCGGGAGGAGAUUAUUACGAAAGAAAUAGAGGCCAAUGAAUGGAGGAGAAAACAUGAAGAGAGCAGACAAGAGGUCCUAGAAAUGAGAAAAAUUGUUGCGGAAUAUGAGAAGACGGUUGCGCAGAUGAUCGAGGACAAGCAGCAAGCCGCAGUGAGCUCCCAGAGCACCAUCCAGCAGCUGACUCUGGAGAAGGAGCAGGCCCUGGCUGACCUCAACUCUGUAGAGCGCUCCCUCUCUGACCUCUUCCGGAGGUACGAGAAUAUGAAGUCUGUCCUUGAGGGCUUCAAAAAGAAUGAAGAGGUGCUAAAGAAAUGUGCACAGGAGUAUCUGACCCGAGUGAAACAGGAGGAGCAGCGUUAUCAGACCCUCAAAAUCCAUGCUGAGGAAAAGCUAGACAAGGCCAACGAGGAGAUCGCCCAGGUCCGUUCAAAGGCCAGUUCAGAGAGCAUGGCUCUACACGCCAGCCUACGCAAGGAGCAGAUGAAGGUGGAGUCCUUGGAGAGAGCGCUCCAUCAGAAGAAUCAGGAAAUCGAGGAACUCACCAAGAUCUGCGACGAGCUCAUUGCCAAGAUGGGGAGACCGGAGUGAACGGCGUCCCUGACAGCAUGUCGUCCCACCAGCCUGCCUGUGACUCCAGGGUCCAGCUUAUCGCAGCUUAACACGCUCCACGUCGUCAGAUAACUAACUGUGUCAAAGCCUCGCUUUCCCAGAAAUAAGGAGUUGGUCAUUUUAUAUGCCUAAUAACAAUUGUUUUUCUUGUUUGUAAAAUGAGCAGAGCAGUAAUAAGGACCAGUAGCCCAUGUCAUCUGUGAACCUAACAUCCUCCCCAAAUAACUUGAAUUUGAACAGAAACGCAAGAUCUGCAGAAAUAAUUUAACGAAGAGCAGAUAGACAAACCCCCUAAUUAAAGCUAUUGUGCACAUGUGGCGUGUGUUUUGUAGUUUUUGAAUUAGUUGUCUGUUUUUGUUCUGCACGUCAUUCACACUUUGAAAUCCCUGCUUUUUUGGAUGGCUUAAUGGCAUAAUUACUAGUGUGGAAUUCCAGGAGGGACUUGGGAGAUGGUUGUUUUUUGGGUGUGAUGGACAGUGAGCAGAGGAGAUGCUGGCUUUGGAUCUAUUACUGUGUAGUGGGCGAAAGCUCAUCUGAAUCACUGCUAAUUCAAGCUGUGUGUGUGUGUGUAUAUAACAGGACGGAAAUCUGUACUACUUGCCUUUUGCGAAGCGAUGCUUAUUUUUUGAGGCACUGAAAUGUAAAUAAAUUUAUAUUUAAAAUGGCAAAUGUUUGCUCUGCACCUGGAUGAGCCAUAUACAUGCAUCUGGUGGUUUCACAAAGCAGCCUGACAAACUGAAGCUGCAUGUGUAAAUGCUUCUGCUCAGUCUUAGUUACAGUCUGGUACCUAAACCGCUUAAUAUUUAGUCAGGGCAGCACUUCCUGUGCACCAUGUGUUUGGUAUUUAUUAUCACUGCUAGCUGUGUGCACCUGCCCAGUUAAUCUCAACGCUGUGGCACUGGAUGCUGUUCAGUGGUGCAGAAUAACUAUCUUUAAUCAAUUAAAUGACUUUGCUCCCCAAAUUCUAAACAUAACUAAAUAUUUCUGGGUUUUUUUUCCUCCCUUGUAUCUUGACACUAAAAAUCCACGUAUGUUUACAUGCUAAAUACCGUAAUUUGGGAGAGGUUUUCUACAGCCAUAUUCCUUUUUUUGUUUCCAUGUUGAAUCCUUUCAAGCAGUACAUGUAUGUUAAAUUUUACUUAAUAGAGAUCCAUUUUAGUUCGUGACAGUGAUAAAUGACACUGAUAUUGCUUGUGAGAGGGAGAGUGAGAGCAUUGUGAUAUAUGUAUUCAGUGUCCCCAAGCAUGUCAUAAGCACCAUGCAAAGGUAAUGUUUCCCAUCCACCACAUCCACUCCCCUUCCUGCAUCAUCACAGCCAUCACUGUCAUUUAUGUGUUGCUCCCUGUCAUUUUUUUGUAUCUUUUUGUUUUGUUUGUUGAAUAUUCUUCCAUUGUUUUGUAUGCAGUCGUUCUAUACCAUUUAACAAUAAUACUUGUAAACUGGGUGCACAGAUAUAAUAAAUAUUUUCCAUAAUGACCUGAA